ACAUGUUCUCUCGAUGAGGAAGUACCAUCUACUAGUGAUGGAGCUGAGCAUGUUGAAGUAUGCACUGGGGAAGCAAACGAUUCGCCAUUUGAAGAAGAACUACAUGCAGUUGGUGAAGAUAAUUGUGAAUCCCAGUCUCCAUGUAUAUCGUGCCAUCGUCUUAAGAAAAAACUUACAUCUUUACAAGACUUUAAGCUGGUAUAAAACACAAAAGCAUCUUUGAAGAAAAAGGCCCAGAAGUUGCAAAAUGAAUAUCGAAGCGAAAUCAGGGAAAAUCGUAAUACAUCCGUGGUUACCAGCAUUAAUAUAGACGAUGGAAUGCAGGGAGUGCUGAAGAGCUUUUCGAAGUAGAAUCAUACAUGGACUACUCCUCUUUCGAAGAGUCUAGUCGGAGUGAAGAUUUAGAUGAAGAUACCACAAGUAAUACAGUCAGAAUUGAUGAAGGAGCAAGCUCGCAUGAACAACAUAUGUUCAUGGUAUUUUACAUCUCAUUGGUUGAGUUGUUUGAAAAAUUUUGCUUUAACUGCAAGGCUGAAAAUCCAAAAGUACACAUUAAAAAUAUUGGUUCGAUGGCCAUUGUAGAGCAAAAUUGUGGUAAAUGUGUUGAAAAGAACUUUAUGUGGAGAAACCAACCUAUGGUUUUGGGAAGAUAUCCAGCUGGAAACGCUAUGACUACUUUUGGUAUAUUGAUGUCUGGUGUCAGUAUAAGUCAGGCCAUGCUGAUGUUGAAGCACAUGAAUCUCUCAGCAAAUAGUGUGUCCACUUAUCAUGUGCAUCAACGCACCUUCUUGUUUCCAGCUAUUCUGAAGCAUUGGGAAAGCUAUCAAAGUUAAUUGAAGAUGUGAAAAAAAGUGAUGCGGAUUUACAGACAUGGUCAGGAGAUGGACGCUUUGAUUUUAUGGGGCACAGUGCGAAA